UCAAUGUUUUUAAGUUCAAGAUUCAGAGCUUCAUGAUUUCCCUCCAAUAACCGCACGCUUCCCUUUUUUUUUUUCAUUUGAUUUCUCUUUUUUCUUCUGGAUCACCAGUCUGAUGAUGAUUGCUCUGCGCCGCGCACAAUAAACCCCUUUGGAUUCCUUGAAAAUUCUUCUUCUUCUUCUUUCUUUCUCGGAGGUAAAUAUUCCCGUACCUUUUCUUAUCCUUCUCUCUCUCUUUCUCUUUCCAAUUUCUAGGGUUUUGCGCUUCUCUGUUUGCUUCUCGCGAUAGUUUCUACUCCAUUUCACUUCAGGUCACACUGACAUGGAUUCUAUGGCACAAACUUUCAAUCACCGCUUGACAUCGAUCAAAUUAUGGCCUCCUAGUCAGAGUACCAGGCUACUGCUUGUAGAAAGAAUGACCAAGAAUCUCAUAACUCCAUCUAUUUUCUCGAGAAAGUAUGGCCUGCUGAGUAAAGAAGAGGCCGAGGAGGAUGCCAAGCAAAUAGAAGAAAUUGCUUUUGCAAAUGCAAAUCAACACUUUGAGAAGGAACCGGAUGGUGAUGGAGGUUCUGCAGUGCAAAUAUAUGCCAAAGAAUCAAGUAGGCUUAUGCUGGAAGUUUUAAAAAGGGGCCCUAGAACUAAGGAGGAUGGAGAGAUAAUAUCUGACAUGCUCACUACUGGCCAUGAGACAGUCUUUGAUAUAUCUGGUGGUCGCCGGUCGUUUCUUGAUGCAGAGGAGGCUGAGGAGCUUUUGGAACCCCUUAAAGAGCAAGGGAAGUCAUAUACUAAGAUAUGCUUCAGCAAUAGAAGCUUUGGUUUGGAUGCAGCUCGUGUUGCUGAACCCAUCUUAGCAUCCAUAAAUGAUCAAUUGGUGGAAGUGGACCUAUCAGAUUUUGUUGCGGGAAGACCAGAAGCAGAAGCUCUUGAGGUCAUGAAUAUAUUUUCUUCUGCUCUGGAAGGAUGUGUUUUGAGGUAUCUGAACCUGUCAAACAAUGCCAUGGGUGAGAAGGGUGUUAGAGCAUUUGGAUCACUCUUGAGAUCGCAGAAAAAUUUGGAGGAACUUUAUUUGAUGAAUGAUGGUAUCUCUGAGGAAGCUGCAAGAGCAGUUGCUGAGCUAAUUCCAUCGACUGAGAAACUUAGGGUCCUUCAAUUUCACAAUAACAUGACAGGAGAUGAAGGAGCAAUUGCUAUUUCAGAUAUUGUGAAACGGUCACCUGUUUUGGAGGAUUUCCGGUGUUCUUCUACUAGGGUAGGCUUGGAAGGGGGUAUAGCGCUAGCUGAAGCACUGGGGACCUGUUCCCGUUUGAAGAAGCUUGAUUUGCGUGACAAUAUGUUUGGUGUAGAAGCUGGAGUGGCUCUGAGUAAAGCUCUGUCUGCCUUUUCAGAUCUUACUGAAAUUUACGUUAGUUAUCUUAACUUAGAGGAUGCAGGUGCAGAAGCCCUUGCCAAUGCUCUAAAGGAGUAUGCACCUUCACUUGAAGUUUUGGACAUUGCUGGUAAUGACAUCACAGCCAAAUCUGCUGCUUCCUUAGCAGCCUGUAUUGCUGCAAAACAAUUUCUUACCAGGUUAAUUUUGGCGGAGAAUGAACUGAAGGAUGAAGGUGCAAUUCUCAUCGCCAAAGCAUUGGAGGAGGGUCAUGGACAGUUAAAUGAGGUUGAUGUCAGCACAAAUUUAAUUAGAAGGGCUGGUGCAAGGGUUUUGGCUCAAGUUGUUGUGCGGAAGCCUGGAUUUAAAUUGCUAAAUAUUAAUGGUAAUUACAUAUCCGAUGAAGGGAUUGAUGAAGUGAAGGAUAUUUUCAAGAAUUUUCCAGGUAUUCUUGGGCCAUUGGAUGAGAAUGACCCCGAAGGGGAAGAUAUAGAUGAAGAUGCUGAAGAGGAGCGUGCUGAUAACGAUGAUGAAUUAGAAUCAAGACUCAAAGGUCUUGAGAUCAAACAUGAGGAAAUUAAUUUAAACGUUUAGUUGCUGUAUAACAUAACACUAUUGCAAAAAUGUGUUAGAACAGUCUGAAUAUUCUGUUGCAUUAAGAUCAUUGAAAACAAUUGGCAGCUUGUGCUAAUUUCAGCUCAUAUUAUUAUUAUUA